AUGUUUCGAUUUGCCAUUGAUCGGGGUGGUACGUUCACGGACGUGUAUGCCGAGCUGCCAGAUGGCUCCGCAACCGUCCUCAAGCUCCUCUCAGUGGACCCGGCCUAUCCGGAUGCACCGCGCGAGGGCAUUCGUCGCGUCAUGUCCAAGUUUUUGGGUCAUGAACUGGAUGCGGCUCAGCCUAUCCCCACCCAACAGAUCGAGUCCAUCCGCAUGGGCACCACCGUCGCCACCAACGCGCUUUUGGAGCGCAAGGGUGAACGCAUGGCUCUGGCUAUCACGGCUGGCUUCCGGGACCUCUUGCACAUUGGCAAUCAGGCGCGCCCCAAACUUUUUGACCUUGAUAUUAGCAUGCCCGAAGUGCUCUAUGAACAGGCUCGUUCAGGCUCCCCCUCUGUGGUUGAAGUGGAUGAACGUAUUCUCCUGAGUGAAGAUGGUCCCUUGCAAGGUGCCACGGGGGAGCGCCUGGAGAUUCGGCAAGCACUGGAUGAAGCUGUUCUGCGUCAACAGCUGCAAAAGAUCCUUGAUGCCGGCAUUCGCUGCCUCGCUGUUGUUCUCAUGCACUCGUAUCUUCACGUUGAGCACGAGCAACGCGUCGGCCAGAUUGCUCGCGACAUGGGCUUUACACACGUUUCCCUCAGCUCUGAUGUCAUGCAGAUGGCCAAGAUCGUGCCCCGCGGCUUCACAGCUUGUGCCGACGCCUACCUCACGCCUGCCAUCCACCAAUACCUGCGUUCCUUUGCCGGCGGCUUUGAGGGAGACCUUGCGGGGGUUCGCGUCCUUUUCAUGCAGUCCGAUGGCGGUUUGACUCCAAUGGAUCGCUUUGUCGGCUCUCGCGCCAUUGUGAGCGGCCCUGCUGCAGGCGUGGUCGGCUACGCUCUGGCCGCGUUUGACGGUACCACACCCGUCGUCGGCUUUGACAUGGGUGGCACUUCAACUGAUGUGUCUCGCUUCGGUGGUUCGUUCGAACAUGUUUUCGAGACAACCAUUGCUGGUACCACCAUUCAAGUGCCCCAGCUCGAUAUCAAUACCGUCGCCGCUGGCGGCGGUUCACGUCUGUUUUUCCGUGCCGGCAUGUUUGUGGUUGGGCCCGAGAGUGCGGGUGCCCAUCCCGGCCCCACCUGCUACCGCAAGGGUGGACCGCUGACAGUGACCGACGCCAAUCUCCUCUUGGGUCGCAUCCGUCCUGCCGAUUUCCCAAACAUUUUUGGCGAGAACAAUGAUGAGCCGCUCGACGAAGCAGCGACACGUGCGGCCUUUGAUGCACUGACCAAUGAGAUCAAUGCUUAUAUGCAAGCCAAGGCCCAAGAGACUGGCCAGCCGCUCAAGACCCUUACCCCACAAGAAGUGGCCUUGGGCUUUGUCGAUGUGGCCAACGAAGCCAUGUGUCGCCCAAUCAGGUCACUCACCCAAGCACGCGGCUUCAAUAUUUCGACCCACACCCUGGCUUGUUUUGGCGGAGCUGGUGGGCAGCAUGCUUGCGCCAUCGCCCAAUCCUUGGGCAUGGCUCGCAUCCACAUUUCCAAAUACUCGGGUAUCCUGUCCGCGCAUGGUUUGGCUGCAGCCGAUGUGGUGCGUGAGGAGCAGGAGCCGUGUGCCAGUGUGUACUCUGAGAAAACCGCUUCCACAUUGUUCCAGCACAUCCAGCAGCUGGCCACAAAGGCACGCGAUGCCCUUGUUGCCGAAGGGUUUUCCGAAGACAAAAUCAUCAUCGAGCCCUUUUUGAACAUGCGCUACCGGGGCACUGACUGUGCGCAAAUGACCACCAUCGGUUCAGCAACCCGCGUCUCCUUCACCCAGCUGGCCAGUUUGGAUCCUCAAGCCUUCUUGCCCACCUUCUUGGAGCAGUACAAGCGUGAAUUUGGAUUUACCAUUCCCGGACGUGACAUUCUCGUGGAUGAUGUUCGCGUGCGUGCCACGGGCGUGACCCGCCAUGUGGCCAGCCAUGUGCCAAAGGAGACCGGUCCUGCCAUUCAACCUUCGGCAACGCAUACAAUCUAUUUUCGGGACGGCAAGCCCACGGAGACGCCCGUCUAUCGUUUCAGCGAUUUGAGCCUAUCAGACCGAGUUCAGGGACCUGCCUUGAUGACGGCCGCCACCAGUACCAUUCUCAUUGAGCCCAACUGCCAAGCUCAACUGACCAAGCAAGGCGACCUCGAGGUCAUUGUCGGCGAGGGCACUUCGCGGCGGAUUACGACCGAUCUCGAUUUGAUUCAUCUUUCAUUGUUUCAGCACCGCUUCAUGACCAUCGCCGAGCAGAUGGGUCGGGCCUUGCAGCGCACAUCCAUUUCCACCAAUAUCAAGGAACGCUUGGACUUCAGCUGUGCUUUGUUCUCGCCGGAUGGCGGGCUUACGUCUAAUGCACCUCAUAUCCCCGUGCAUCUGGGAGCCAUGCAAGAGGCUGUGCGCUAUCAGAUUGGCAUCGUGGACAAUGACCUGCAAGCCGGCGAUGUCUUGGUCAGCAACCAUCCAGCAGCUGGAGGCAGUCAUCUGCCUGACAUUACCGUCGUUACACCCUUCUUUCGAGCAGGCCAUGCCAAGCCCGUGUUCUGGGUGGCCUCUCGUGGACACCACGCCGACAUUGGUGGCAUCACUCCCGGUUCCAUGCCACCCCACUCCAAGUCGCUGCUGGAGGAAGGUGCCGCCAUCAAAUCUUUCAAGUUGGUGCGAGGCGGUCAAUUUCAAGAAGAGGGCAUUACCGAGCUUCUGAUGGAGCCCAAAAAGUACCCAAACAGCAGUGGCACUCGUAACUUGAGCGACAAUCUAUCGGACCUCAAGGCUCAGGUGGCCGCCAACCAGCGUGGCAUUGAGCUCCUGAAUCACCUCAUGGAUGAGAUGGGCGAGGACGUGGUCAUUGCUUACAUGAAGCACAUUCAGGAAAACGCCGAGGUGGCUGUACGCGACAUGCUCAAGGCCAAGGCUCAAGCUGCCCGCGAGGCACGCGGGACCACGCGUCUGCACUGCCGUGACUUUCUGGACGACGGGUCGCCCAUCGAGCUCACGGUGGAUAUUGACGAAGCCACAGGAUCGGCCACGUUUGAUUUCACGGGCACGGGGCCCCAGGUUUUGGGCAAUCUGAACACGCCCCGUGCCGUGGCGUAUUCGGCAGUUAUUUACUGCUUGCGCUGCAUGAUUGGCCACGAUGUCCCUCUCAACCAGGGCUGCUUGGUGCCCGUGACCAUUAAUAUUCCUCGUGGCUCCCUGAUCUGGCCGAGCGAUGAUGCAGCUGUGGUGGGCGGCAACGUGCUGACAUCGCAGCGUUUGUGCGAUGUUAUUUUAAAAGCCUUUGGUGCUUGCGCCGACUCGCAAGGGUGCAUGAAUAACGUGACUUUUGGCAAUGAGCGCGUCGGCUAUUACGAAACGAUUGCUGGUGGGUCGGGCGCCGGCCCCGGCUUUGAUGGCCGUUCGGGCGUUCACACACACAUGACCAAUACUCGCAUCACGGACCCAGAGGUGGUGGAGCGCCGUUAUCCUGUGGUGGUGGAGCGCUUCCACCUUCGCGAAAACUCAGGGGGCCAGGGUCUUUAUCGCGGUGGUAAUGGCGUCGUGCGUGAGCUGCGCUUUCGGGAGCCAAUGGUUGUAUCUGUGCUGACGGAGCGACGUUCCUUGCAACCCAACGGUUUGGCGGGUGGCGGGCCUGGAGCGCGUGGUCUGAACAUCCUGCGUCGUGCCGACGGCCAGGAGAUUAAUCUUGGCGGCAAGGCCAGCGUGUCUGUUGCCGCGGGUGAUGUCCUACGUUUGCUGACACCAGGUACAUGA